ACCUUGAAAAGAUCCGUUAUCAUCAUUAAUAUAGAUUCAUUGGAAUUAAAAAAUAAAAAAAAGAAUGGGAACAUUUGGUGGACAUGCCUUACCUGGAAGUUUUUUUAUUAUCUAUGGUUUAUGGUCUAUUUGGCAUAUAUUCAAGAAAUUUUAUCAAAGAAAAAUUUAUAAAUUAAAUCAAUCAAAUAAUGAAUUAAUUCAUGAAUAUACAUGUAGAAUAUCUUAUCCAAUUGAAAGUAAACAAUCUAAUGAAAAUAAUAUAAAAAAUUGUUUAAAUUAUUAUAAUAAAUCAUUUCCAUUAGAUUCAUUAGCUAAAUUAAUAUGUUGUAUUAUUGGAAUAAUAGGUGAAAUAAUUACAGGAUUUAAUAAAAAUUGGAUAUUUAUACAUAUUGGUAAUGCUCAACAUUCUACAAUGUUUUCAUUAUUUGGAUUAAGUGGAGCUAUUGAAUUAUGUAUAUUUUAUAGAAUUAUUAAAAUUCCAAUUCAAUCAGAAUAUCUUUUUCAUGGAAUAGCACUAUGGGGAGAAUUAUUUUUAUUCCUAUUUCAUUUACACCAUAGAAAUCCACUAGAUGUUUACCUACAUCUAUUAUUAACUGGUAUGAUUAUAUUAGGGAUUCUAGUAUCAGUUCUUGAAUUAUUAAAUCCACACGAACCUAUUUAUGGUUUAAUACGUAGUUGGACUUAUCUUAUGCAAGGCACAUGGUUUUGGCAAGUUGGAGCUAUUCUAUAUCCUAAAACAUCAUGGAUGCCAGAAUGGGAUCAGCAAGCUAAACAGAGUAUACCGGCAGCUGCAAAUUUAUUCGCCUAUCAUAUGUUGGGAAAUUUCGUUGCAAUCAUUCUAAUCGCUAUACCAGUUAUGAUUCGUACAAAAGUUGGUUUGAUGAGUGAUGAAACAAUGAGAAAACGUUUAUCAAGAAGAGAAUAUAGUCAACAACCCCAGGAACAUCAACAAAACUCACAAUCACUGGAACAAGAAACUUUCACAAUUGACAAUAAUUCUGAAGAAAUAGAAUUAUGGAAUUAUAAUCAUAGUACUACAGGGAUUAACGAAGUUAAGCAAAGUGACAGGACCUGUGUUUAAUGAUUAAACCGUAAAGUACUUGUCAUUACAUCAUUAAGUCAUUAUGCUGAUGCCAAGUAGAUUGAACUGGUAAUACGUUGAAGUAAUAUGAGAUGUAAUCAAGUUUCAUAAUAUAAAAUUAUUCCUUCAUCUUUCUUU